ACACCAUCACUUCCUUGCUCCCUCCUCUCCCCUUUCACUACUUCACACCUCUCUCAAAGCCCCCUCCUCCCCCUCUCCUUUUCCUCUCUCUCAUUGGUGGCAAAAUGGCAAACUCAGCAUCGGGCAUGGCAGUAAACGAUGAAUGUAAAACCAAGUUCUUGGAGCUAAAAGCGAAGCGAAACUACAGGUUCAUCGUUUUCAAAAUAGAGGAAAACCUCCAACAGAUUGUAGUGGAGAAAGUAGGUGCACCCAAAGACAGCUAUGAGAAAUUAUGUUCCAGUUUGCCUUCCGAUGAGUGUCGUUACGCUGUCUACGAUUUCGAUUUCACCACCGAUGAGAAUUGCCAAAAGAGCAAGAUUUUCUUCAUCGCAUGGUCACCAGACACAUCGAGGGUGAGGAGCAAAAUGUUGUACGCAAGUUCCAAAGAUAGGUUCAGAAGAGAACUGGAUGGUGUUCAAGUUGAAUUGCAAGCCACCGAUCCCAGUGAAAUGAGCUUUGAUAUCGUCAAAGAAAGAGCCUUCUAAAAUAAUGCUUAUAUUGCCAAAAAAUGGGGGGCAUUAAAUAUUUUUCUUUUUAAAUUUUCCUAUAAUCAUAAAUAUUAUUGGAAAUUUAGGAACUGAUCAUAUUAUGUGUUAUGGUGUCAAAGAUGGAGUCGGCAUCAUCGGCUUGGAUUCAUGGGGUUGUUGAAAGGUUAAGAAAAAACUAUGAGCGGGGGAUCAAUCAUUUUUCUUUUAUUUUAAUUUUGUGUAAUUAUCUUUAUAUAUGUUUUUUUAAGUGAAUAA